UUCAAACGAACUAUUCAUUUAUUCUUUUGUGCAUUUCAAAGCAGCGACGGAGCUCAUUAGAAAUAAUGGCGAGAACCAAGCAGACCGCUCGUAAGUCUACUGGAGGAAAAGCCCCGAGAAAGCAGCUGGCUACUAAAGCUGCUCGUAAGAGCGCACCAGCUACCGGUGGUGUUAAGAAGCCUCAUCGUUACAGGCCCGGUACUGUGGCGCUGAGAGAGAUUCGCCGUUAUCAGAAAUCCACUGAACUUCUGAUUCGCAAACUACCUUUCCAGCGUCUGGUGAGAGAAAUCGCUCAAGAUUUCAAGACUGAUCUACGCUUCCAGAGCUCAGCUGUCAUGGCCCUGCAGGAGUCUAGCGAGGCUUACUUGGUCGGUCUGUUUGAAGACACCAACUUGUGCGCCAUCCACGCCAAAAGGGUCACCAUCAUGCCCAAAGACAUUCAGCUGGCCCGCCGCAUUCGCGGAGAGCGCGCUUAAAUCCACAGCUGCAUCAGUCAUACAAACCCCAAAGGCUCUUUUAAGAGCCA